AUGAAGUCUCUAAGUGAACUUUGUGAAAUAACUCUGAUGAGAAACCAUUCACAAUUAGAAGAGGUUAAAAACAUACCAUACAGGCUGAUCCAUAACAUCCUAUGGAAAGUAAAGAUGCCACAGCUUGUUAAACUGGAGAAAAGUAAUGUAUUAUUAGUGUUUGAAGAUGAUGAAAUGUGGCUUAACUUUCUUAAGCAAGAUUUCCCUACAAGUGUUCACGAUAGCUUCAUCACUAAGAAAGAUGAUAUUAAGCAGUACUAUUUGAACUUUAUUAAUGAUAACGAACCUGAAAUAUUGGACACUGAUGCAGAACUGAUCAAAAUGUACUUCAGAUCAGUUCUUAAAAAAGAUCUCAACAAGAACAAGUACAAGGUCCCCUAUAGAAUGUUAUACCAAAGGUAUCAAGAAGAUGUUGUGAAGAAGCAGGAAAAAUGUACUGAAAGACUGCGAUUACAAAUGAAGCAGCUGCAACAAGAAAGGGAGAAAAACCAGACGGUCGUUGUGGAUCAGUCGUUCUAUUUACAGAAUCAACCAAAAAGAUCGAAUAGCCGAAUGCCAUACAAAGACCGCCAACACUCAGAACUGUUUAGGAAAAGUGUCAAGGACCACGGAUCAAGACUGCGACAUUUCAAAAGCGGUGGUUUUGAUAUCGCUAAGAGACAUUCAACGAGAGUUGCAUUUGGGGGUGCCGCUGGCGAUACUGCCAAUGACACAAGAAAUGAGACAAGGCAGGGACCAUUACAGACAAAUAGCACUCCCGUACAACCGCCAAAAAGUCCCGUACAAAAGAGAAGAGUCGAUCCACCAAGUAUAUUCCUGCAGAGGAAGAAGCCUAGUCACGCGAGGCCGUCACAGGAUAGUAUACAACAACCGUCACAGCCGAUAACACAAGCAUCUAAUUCCAAUCGAAAGACUGGUCAUAAGAAGAAGUCCGCCAUUUUUUCUGCACCUGAAUCGAAACCGCCGUCUCAAAAUCAAAACCUACCAAGCAAGAGUAAAGAUUCACAAAUGGUUUACAUUUUUGAUAAAAAGAGGCAACCGUAA